AUGGUCUCGUCUUUGCACUCACUCUCCCUUGCACCAGGUCGCCAGGCCUUCCAUCAGCAAGUCCUCAGCGACACAUCUACAGGGUCCCUGGAUCGAUUACUUCAGCAACACCAUGACAAACUUUCCCGACCUUCCGGCCGAGAGGCUAUCAUUCCAGGGAAAACGCAUCAUCUCCUUCACCGUCUGGAGAAUUUUGCACACAGCUUUUAUUAUAUCUCGCAUGCUGCCGCUAGUGCCAACUGUGAGCUGAAUCGAAUCGGUGCCGCACCCGGCUGCAUUGACAGCGGAGAUAAUUACCCCGGCUCCGACUGUUUCUCGCCGUCACUUGCCUCUGCCAAGAGGGUUCGCAAAAUCACAUAG